AUGUCUGUCGAGGCCCCCAAGACCGUCGAGGAGACCACUCCCGUCGAGACCAAGCCCGCUGAGCCAUCAACUGAGCUCCCCACUGCCACCACCAGUGAAGGCGUUGCUGCCACCGAUGCUCCCAAGACGGAGGCUGCCACCGAGGCUACCACCGCACCUGUGGCCGACGAGGCUAAGCCAGUGGAGGAGGACCUGAAGAAAGACGAGACGGUCGUUGAGGCUGUUCCCGCAACUGAGGGUGUUCUUGGAUACAAGGCUCCUGGUUUCCUCAAACAAUUUCAUUUCUCCAAGCACUUCUUCUGGUUCAGCGAGGAGCCCCUCACCGCCGAGUCUCUGGCCAGCUAUGCUCGCUCUGAGAAGACCGGCGCUGCCCAGAACGCCGCCUGGGCUCGCGAGACUGGCAAGGGCCUCUUGUUCCACACCAAGCGUGCCGAGGACAAGGCCCACCCUGCUGGCUUGAUUCCUUUGGCUGAGGCUACCAAUGUUACCAAGGAGGGUGUUCUCGGCUUCUCCUUCGAUCUGCAGGGUAAGACCCACAAGUUUGAGGCUGCCACUGCCGGCGACCGCGAUAGCUGGGUUGUCGCCGUCGAGAAGCAGGUCGAGGAAUCCAAGACCCUCAAGGACGACAUUACUGGCAAGGAAAGCUACAAGAAGAACCUCGAUGACUAUUCUAAACCAGCUGCCGUUGCCGCCAUUGCUGCGUCCCGCUCCAAAUCCAAGGAGCCCAAGAAGUCUCUCGAUGCCAACACCGCUACCGCGGCCGCCACCACCGAGUCGAAGCCCGAGGAAACCCCUGCGGAGCCCGCUGCCCUUCCUACUGAAGAGAAGAAGAAGGAGACCCCCAAGGAGUCGCGCUCUCAGUCUCGUAAGCGCACCUCCAUCUUUGGCUCUUUGAUGGGCAAGAAGGAUGAGACCAAGGAAGAGAAGAAGGCAGAAGACAAGGUCGAGAAGGCCGAAAAGAAAGAGGAGAAGAAGGCCGAGGCUGAGGUCAAGAAAGACGAGGCUAAGGAGGAGCACGACCCUAGCAAGGCCGCUGAAGCUGCUGCUGCCACCGCUGGCGCUGCCGCCGUCGCUGCCGGUAAGUUAUACCUGGAUGUGAAUACCAUCCGACUGACUCUGUUAGCCCCUGCCGCCGUGGCGUCCGACAAGAAGGAGGACAAGAAGGAAGAGACUGCCACUGAGUCUACCCCCACCUCCCCUACCGACAAGAAGGGAAAGCGCGGUUCCGUUUUCGGCGCCUUCUUCAACAAGAAGGUCACCAGCCCCAGCGCCGAGAAGACUGAGAAAGAGGUCGGUCCUACUCCUCCUGCCAAGGAUGACGUCCCUCCCGUCUCGGACACUGCUCCCAAGCUCGAUGAGCCCAUUGAGAACAAGCCCAUCGACGCUGCUGCCGUCACCGCUCCGGCCAACACGGACGGUGCUGCGGAGGCUCCCAAGGAGACCUCUACCAAGCCUGCGACCGAGAAGAAGAGCAGCUUCCUCGGCUUCAUUAAGAAGCCCGAGACCAAGAAGGAGGAACCCAAGGAGGAGACUCCCGCUACCAAGGCCGUCGAGCCCACCCCUGCUGACGAGGCCGCCCCUGCCACUGAGACUACCGAUGCCGUCAAGUCUGAGGACACUCCCGCCAAGGAGGAGAAGCCUGCUGCCGAGAAGGACAAGCGCCGGACUUCUCUCUUCGGCGGUCUCGGUACCAUCAAGAAGAAGCGUGACGAGUCUGAGGCCACCGAGAACGGCACUGAGAAGAAGCGCGAGAAGUCGCCUCUGCCCAGCAAGAUCGGAGGUCUCUUCCGCAAGCCCAGCAAGGCCGUGAAGUCCGAGGAGCCCAAGACUGAAGAGGUCAAGGACGAGACCAAGGCCGAGACCACUACCGACGCUACUACCACUGAGCCUGCCGUUGCAACUGAGACCCCCGCUACCGAGGCCAAGACCGAGACCCCUGCCACGACAGACGCCACUGAGUCCAAGAUUGUCGGCGACGUGGUUCCCGACAGCCUUACCGCGAAGGACAGCGUUGCCACGGCCCCUGAGGUCAAGGCCACUGCAUGA